AUGUCGUCAACACAAGACCAGAGGGUCGCAAUCGAACAAGUGGAGGACGAAAUAAGGAACCCAAACAUGACAACAGGCGAGCCGUUCGUUCUGCAAUCAAGGACAGGAGCAGCAAUUGCAAUGGCGGUGGCAAUUCGACAGCAGCCCAAAGGCAGUAGCUUGUCAUGGCGUCGUCAAUGGCUUCGAUUUAGACACAGCAUCGUGGUAGGCAUUCCCUGGUCCUGCGUCUCACAACGGCAUGGCCGUCUGGCAACUGCCAUUUAUUAG